AUGGCUUCUCCUCUUAAAGCAGGCUUCCACAGACAGGAGGUCCAGAAAACUUCAUGGGAAAUACCGGACCGAUACACUACGCUAAUACCCGUCGGCUCCGGGGCGUAUGGGACAGUGUGCUCUGCUAUCGACCAGAAGACAAAGGAGAAGGUGGCUAUCAAAAAGCUCUACAGACCGUUCCAGUCUUUGAUUCACGCUAAGCGGGCCUACAGAGAACUCAGACUAUUACGUCACAUUCAACAUGACAAUGUCAUUUGCCUUCUGGACGUUUUUACUCCCGACACCUCCCUGGACAAAUUCCAGACUUUCUACUUGGUAAUGCCCUUUGUGGCUCAGGAUCUCAGUCACAUAAUGAAGAAGAGGAUGCUUACGGAAAGAAUCAUAAUCUAUCUAUUCUACCAAAUACUAAGAGGAUUAAAGUACAUCCAUUCUGCCGGGAUCAUUCAUCGGGAUCUAAAGCCAAGCAACCUUGCUGUUGAUCAGAACUGUGAGUUAAAGAUCUUGGACUUUGGAUUGGCAAGACAUGCAGAGAUGGAGAUGACAGGCUAUGUUGUGACACGGUGGUACAGAGCCCCAGAGAUCAUUUUCAACUGGAUGCAUUAUACUCAAAGAGUUGACAUAUGGUCUGCUGGCUGCAUCCUAGCUGAGAUGAUCACCGGGCAGGUACUUUUCCCUGGAAACGACAGUAUGGACCAACUGACUAUGAUUCUUAAUUUGACAGGAACACCACAUUCAUCACUGGUGCAGAAAAUGCAGAGCAAAGACGCAAGGUCAUAUGUGCAGUCACUACCAUUCCAGAAACAGAAAGAUUUCAGAGAGGUUUUUCCCUCCAUGGAUUUAACUGCUGUGGAUCUUCUGGAGAAGACUCUGAUGUUGGACCCAGAAGUCAGACUUACGGCUAAAGAUGGACUCUCUCACCCCUACCUCUCUGAGUUUCAUGACCCAGAAAGCGAGCCUGACUCGCCCCCAUAUGACGACUCGUUUGAAAGUUUGGAGCUGGCUAUCAGCGAGUGGAAAAGUCUUAUACAUAUGGAGAUCAUGACCUUUGACCCUGAUAAUCCCAGACAGACUGCAAUGUAAUACUUAACCAAAGCCGGAGUGGAUUGUAAUAAGGAGUUAUACACAAUUAUGCAUGCAUGGGUUGUCACACAUGACAGUUCAUGUCUAGUGUGAUUAUGAUAAGGAAAGUGAGACAAACACUGUGGGAAUGUCAUUGUAUUUAACCAACGAUCUUACUGAUGUGUACUUGAGUUCUUCUGUUUGCUUUUGACUUUGUAUUACAAUAAAUG